AUGGAUACAUCUGUAGCGGUCAACUCGCUCAGGGCUCGGUUCCUGAACGUUUGUCCUGAGAGAGAUCAAGUCAGAAGGAUUGUUAAACCUUUUGACUCUAAAAAUCACAACAAUUAUACCUUGGAUGAUAUUGAUGAUAGGAUAAAGGAUAUGUAUAGGAACAAUAAUGGAACUUACCUCUUACCCGAGUUGGAGUCACCUCCUAUUAUGACCAACUUCUUAGAGGACUAUAUUACAACUAGGAAGAUUAGAAACGCAAAGGCUUAUAACAGAAAUAAUAAUAAUAUUCAAAAUGAUGAUAUGCAGGGACAAGAAACCCUCACCAAAAAAUCUCAGUUAAUAGAUGAUCCUUCGAUCCUAAGGGGUGAUAGUAUGUUGUUUAAUCCACAGGAAGUUGAUAAAGUCACAUCAGAUAACACUAAAUUAAAUAACAAUUAUGGUCAAGUUAGUAGAAAUAAUGGAAUUCCUCAGUUUGCUUCAGUGACCUACGAUUCUGAUGAUUCUGAUUCGGAAUCACAAACUAAACAUAAGAAAUCAGCAUUACCUUUCACUAGAAUCUUUAAAGGUAAUAAAAAGCAACCUCAUAAUAGGACUGUCGCGUCUCAUAUUACAUCAGCGAUUCCAGGAGCUACUACUGGUACAAUUAGUGGUUCUAAUGGAACUACAUUAGCUCAAAAGAAAUUAAAGAAGGAUUCUAUAUAUUCAAUGAAUUUUGAUUACGAUGAUAUUCUGGAUGAAGACCUUGAGGAUGAAGGUGAAGAUGAAGAUGAGGAUAAUGAGGAUAAUCAAUUAAAAUCACAAUUUUUCCAAUUGGAUAGAUCUACUUCUGCAUUGAAUGGUAACACAGCUAGCGGCUCAACAAAUAAUAAUAAUAAUCAAAAUAUCAAUAAUGAUAAAUCAAAAUUGGGGACAAAAGCAUUUAGUUUAGAUAGAAGGUCAUUAUUAGAAAAUACCUUCUCUGUACCUAAAGAUACUGACGGUCAUUUAAGAUCGGAUACAAGUGAUCGUUCUAUGAGUAACGGUAGCCAGCAAGGAAAUAACACAAAUGAUGCCGUUUCGUCAAGUGGUAAUAUUAUUAAUGUAUCGAGACUUAAGUCACAUUUACCACAAAUUCCUAUCCUCGAAAGUUCACGGAAUAAUGCCAACAUAAACAAUAAUAAUAAUACAAACAUUAAUUCUUCUAAAAACACACAUUCUGAUCAUGAUAUGAAUAAAAAUUCAAAAAGUGACAGUAGAAUUGGCGAUUCUGAUUUGUCCGAUAUAGAAUCCUUCAUUAAGGAAGAUGAUUUAAAAAGUCUAAAUUUGGAUCAUCACGACUCAAAUAAUAAUAAAUCAUUGACUUUGACCCCUAUAAACUCUAAGCCUAUAGAUUAUGCACAUAGUGUUAGUAUAAUUCAUAGUGAGGGAUUAUCAGAUGAUGACGACGACGACGACAGUCAUGUACGCCAUGCAAUGGAUAGUACUUCUGAACAGCAAGAUCUAAGUGAGGUAUCCUCAUUUGGCAAAUCGUUGUUGGAAUCGGAAUAUACAAGUAACGAAUAUUUGAAACAAGAAAAUAGUGACAGUGCAACAGACCGUAUAUCGCUAGAUACAGAUAUCGUGCAUCACACAAUAUCUUCACAUUCCAUCCCUAUCUCAUUCGAAGGAUAUGGUUUAUUCCAAGGAACAAAUGAUUCUACGUUGAAUAAUGUGUUAGAUAGGGCAGUGACGAAAAUUAAAUCGAAUGUACCUCAUAUGGGUCGUGAUAGAGCCAAUUCAUCAGCGUCAAGAAGAAAUUCAAUAACUCAAACUUUAAAUUCAAAACGUGCUUCAUUAACCUCUAAUCCAAUGAUAAAACCAAAUAUUUUACGACAUCAUUUGAGAUCAUCUUCCAACAAUGUCACAGAGAGUAAUAAAUAUUCUGGAGUAUAUGGCUCAUCUUCACAUAAAAAUAAACCUCUAUUGAAGAAUGAAACUGUAUCAAAGGUGCCUAUAACGUCACGAUCGUCAAGCCGUACAAGUAGAAGAAGUUCAAAGGAUAUAACAUUACAUUUUGAAAAGAUACCCACCUCUCCAGUUGUGAAAACAACAAGUUCUCAUUUAUCGUCAUUGUUUAAUAAGAAAAAACACAAAGUUAGCAACCCUGUCGAGGUAUUGGAGUAUUUUUCAUUUGUAUCUGGCAAUACCGUUCCUAGAUUUGAUGCAAUGGAUCUGGAAGUAUAUAUCCAACUUUCAAAAAAAUAUAAGAGAAAUUCUUUUAAAACUAAGGUUAGAAAGACUGCCAAGAUAUUUGAUGUAAUUGGAUAUAUCCUAUAUCUUUAUACCACUGAAUUUAAGCCAGAUAACAUUGAUCAAGAUGGAUUGGACAUACAUACUCUAAUUAAUCCAAACAAUUUUGCAUUACAUAUAGUUGAUGAAGAUGGUGAACCAUUUGAAGAUAAUUUUGGGAAAUUGAAUAGAAUCAGUACAAUGCAAUCUAUCUCUGAUAAUGAAAUUGUACUGUGUAAGGUUGGUGAACAAGAGAAAUUGAAGAAUGAUGGAGAAACUCCAGUUCCUUAUGAUGUCAAUGGCGAUAUUAUAGAAUAUGCAAAAUCAAUAUCAUCAAAGACAUCUGGUGGUACCAAUAAUGAAGACAACACACUGAACCAGUUAAGUUUUUACAAACCUAUUGUUGGUGGUAAUGUGGAUGAUCUGGCUAAUAAUGCCAAUAGUUCAAAUGUCCUUGAGGUUACUGUUUAUAUGUAUCCAAACGUUAAUCCAAAAUUUAAUUUCACAACUGUUAAUGUGUUGGUUACAGGUAAUAUUAAUGAUAUCCUUGCAAAAUAUUGUAGGAUGAAGAAUAUGGAUCCAAAUGAAUAUGCUUUAAAGAUGAUAGGUAAGAACAGAAUAUUUGACUUGAACGAUACCGUUUUGAGACUAGAUGGUAACAAUAAAGUGGAAAUAAUUUCCAAGAAAGAAGCUCGUAGAUUACAGCUAGAAAAGAUCAAACCUAAUUUGACCAAGCCACAGUUGCCUACUAUUCAAAGUAACGAUUUAACACCAAUGACUCUGGAACCCGCACCGGCAUUCAUGACUACAGAGGACACUAAUGAUGGUGCUGCCCCAGCAACUGAAGUACCUGUUCCAUUCACAAAAUUGCGUAAGACUUCUGGUAAGAUCAAACUUAACCUUUCGAAACAGUCUUCUUCUGUUAGCAACAAUAUUAGUAGCAACAAUUCAGGGAGUUUUUUUAAAAAUAAGGACUCGUCGAGACACUCUUUGCAUACACCGAUGCAGAAUUACCAUAACAAUCAUUCGGGUAUUCUAAAUGAAUAUACGCCUGAUAAUGCAACGAGUAAUAACAAUUUUCAAGAUUUGUUUUCCGGUGCAUAUCACAAGUAUAAAGUUUGGAGGAGACAGCAGAUGUCUCUGAUCACCAAACACGAAAGAACGUUAGCAUUAGAUGGUGAUUACGUAUAUAUUGUACCACCGGAAGGUAAAAUGCAUUGGCAUGAAAAUGUCAAGACCAAAUCAUUCCAUAUAAGUCAAGUUAUUCUUGUGAAAAAGUCCAAGAGGGUCGCUGAAUACUUCAAGAUAUAUGUUAGAAGGGGUCCCGAUGAUAUCAAACGUUACUACUUUGAGGCUGUAUCUGCACAGGAGUGUACUGAAAUUGUUUCCCGUAUUACUAAUCUACUGAACGCCUACAAGAUGAAUCAUAAAUAG